AUGUAUACUCCCCGGGAAGUCCCCAGGGAGUCCCCAACUAAGUCAACGAUGUGUCAACCUUCGAUGGCUGAUAUGCGUGCGCUACACUGGUACCAGUGAUGGUACCUGGUAUUUAAUUACUAAUUAGUUAUAUGAAAUUAAAAAAGAUGGACCAAUAGACCUAUAGGGAAGGGAGUUCCCAGGUAUUUUGAAUUCCAUGUAAUUCAGAAAAACAGAAUUUUUAUAUUAGUUGUCUUCGAUUGAAAUACAAAAUGCACUCUCAGUAUAGAAAAUCACUACUAUCAGUGUCCGACCGACGUGAUGGCAAGGUGUGGCAAUUGCCACACCAAAAAACUGGUGCGACCACAUGGGUGUGUUCUUAGUUUCAAAAGCGGCUGUUUUUUUUGUUCACUACUGGUACUUUUCGAAGUUUAUUGCCACACCAAAAAAACGGACUCUGAUCCGCCACCGACCGCUAUCCAUUUCAAGAUACAAGAGAUCUCGCCAGUUUUGAAUCACUUUGACAGAAAAGCGCUGCGAAACUGUGGUUUCCAUCACUAGAUAAAAAGGCUUUAAACCAUCUUUUUGUAACAAAAAAGAAUUUGAAAAAUCUCUCAAAAACCGUUUUACAAAGAGAACACUGGAAAAUCGUUUCAUAACUGAAAAAGUUAAGGUAAUAAUACAUUUGUUUUUUUCAC